GAGCUGCGUCCUCGAGCAGUGCGGAUGCAAGGAGCGCACCGGUAUCUUUGUUUUCCGUCGGAUUCGCAGACGUAACAGUGUCUUCGGCACAUGAAAUUAUCCCGAGCGCUUCCGGAUGAGUCGUUAUCUUCGUCGCGGGGCAAGGAAAAUUUCAGUCAUUAAUUGCAUCUUCGCAGACUCCGUUGCGUUUCCUUUAGAAAUUGGCAAUAUUCUGAAAGAGAAAUCUGUGUGCCAGAUAAGAAUUCGCAAAUAAUCGCCACGCGUGAAGUGUUAACACUUAUUGCACCAAUAGAACACCUAAUUUGCUACAAAAUCUCACGGAAAUACUGCAAACUGUAAACGUACGUGCAAAAAAAGAUCUUGAUCUCAUUCGGAAUAUCACGGGAGUGCUACUUUGAUUCAGUAUCUUAUCGCAAAGUAUCCGUGAGUGAAGAUAGGAUAAAGAUUGCUUCCUUGCAAGAGUGACUGCCACGGGAUCCUGACUUCGAUAUUCAUCGGUGAAAACGUCCGGGGCAGUUUUUCGCGCAAUUAACGUUCCGUUGUCGGAGAUAAAAAUUUUGAAGAUCGAUCCUUAGUUUCUGUGCAACAUAAUAGCUAAAAUGGAAAAAACAGAAGGCGUUUAUAAACAAGGUGGAUAUACUAACCAGGCCUUUCAGCUGGACGGUUUCGAUUCUCACGAAAAUGUUCCACCCGAUUACGCGACAGCGACGCAUCUCGAUAAACGGCAGGAACAUCUUGAAAGUUCAGCGGUCACUAAGGGGACGGAAUGGGGAGGUAGACUAGAAUUUCUAAUGGCCUGUAUAGCCACUUCCGUUGGACUGGGGAACGUGUGGAGGUUUCCGUUCACCGCGUACGAGAACGGCGGUGGCGCCUUCCUGAUACCCUACAUCAUAGUCCUAAUCCUGGUUGGGAAACCGUUUUACCUCCUGGAGGGCCUCUUGGGACAGUUUACCAGCAGAUCCUGCGCGAAAACGUGGUACAUGACGUCAGCCAUGAAGGGAUUGGGAUACUCACAGGCCUUCGUCGCGUUCUGCGUCGUUUCGUACUACUGCGCUUUAAUGGCAUUGACUCUAUACUACUUGGUGUCGAGUUUCCAAUCUGAAUUACCAUGGUCGAUCUGUCGUCCGGAAUGGCAAGACUAUUGUAUCGACGGCUCGACGAACGGAAGCAUCUCCGAGGACCGUAACGUCACCGUUCAAAGUUCCGCGGAACUAUAUUUCAGGAAGACAGUAUUACAGGAAUACGAGUCCAUCGAGUACGGUAUCGGCGCGCCGUCCUGGAAGUUGUCGAUAGGCCUGUUCCUCAGUUGGGCCUGUGUCUUCGGGGUGCUCUUCCGCGGCGUGAAGAGCACGGGCAAAGCCGCUUACUUCCUCGCUAUAUUUCCUUACGUCAUGAUGACGGCUCUGCUGAUCAGAGCCGUUACUCUUGACGGUGCCGUCGACGGCAUCCUCUUCUUUGUAACACCGAAUUGGAACGCCCUAUGGAAGCCCACCGUCUGGUACGCCGCUAUCACACAAUGCUUCUUCUCGUUAUCAGUCUGCGCCGGACCGAUUAUCAACUAUUCGUCCUAUAACAAUUUCGAACAUAGGGUAGAUAGGGAUGUGAUGAUAGUGACCACGCUGGACACAUUCACCAGCCUGAUGGCCGGUUGCACAAUCUUUGGUAUUCUAGGCAAUUUGGCUUACGAGAUGAAAACGAAAGACAUCUCGAAGGUGGUCCGCGGCGGCACCGGUUUGGCCUUCAUCUCUUAUCCGGAUGCGCUGUCGCGCUUCACUUUCGUACCGCAGCUGUUCUCCGUUCUGUUCUUCGUAAUGAUGUUCGUUCUUGGUAUUGGAAGCGCCGUCGCGUUGUGCGGCGCGGUACUUAACGUCGUCCGCGAUCAUCUGCCCAAUAUGAAGCAGUGGUUGUUGGUGCUCUGCGUCACCAGCUGCGGUUUCAUCGUCAGUCUCGUCUAUAUUACCCCGGGUGGUCAAUGGUUCACAACGUUGAUCGAUUAUUACGGCGGUACUUUUGUGGCGAUAAUCGUCGGUGUUCUUGAGAUGAUAACCAUCUUCUGGGUGUAUGGCCUUUCGAAUUUUCUCAAUGAUAUGGAAUUCAUGCUGGGCAGGAGACUAGGUUUCUACUGGCGAUCUUGUUGGCUCGUAAUCACGCCUUUGCUCAUGAUCGUCAUACUGAUUUACACGUGCGCCACUUAUGAGCCAGUCACGUACGACGGUGCACCGUUUCCCGAUUAUGCCUACGCAAUAGGAUGGUUCGUGCUGAUUCUAGGAGUAUCUCCCAUUGUGUGGUGGGCCGGCCAGAGAAUAAUUACGAAUAGAAUGUCGACUUUUACCGAAUCCAUCAAAGCGGCGUUUCGGCCUGAGGAAGGUAAAUGGGGACCUAAGAACCCGAAGAUACACAGAGAAUGGGAAGCGUUUGUGACGGAGAAGAAGUUCAGUGCUCAAGGCGGUCUGAUGAAGAUAUUUUUCAAAUAGAUUUUAUUUAUUGCUUCCCUGUCCAUCUAACUCAAUUAUGCACUCCUGUUCAAUCUCUAUUAGCUAGUUAAUGUAGUUGAAAAAAUAAAAAUAAUUUUACUAUA